UCUCAACAGCAGUUUCUAAUUAAUCAUUAAUGCUGGACUUCAGUCACUUUCUCUGCAUCUGCAGCCUCACCUUCAGAUCUGCAUGGACCAAUCAGAGAAGAGAGAGCCUCUGAUUGGAGGAUGGACCCCCCACUGAGAGGAAGGAUCUGAAAUCUGAUGUUUGAUCCAAAUGCUGUCAUUCAGGAUGAAACCAGGACGAGUUGCUGCUUCCUGAUCCAGUUUCUCUGAAGUCUCUCGUUCUCUUUUUAUCUGUGAACAUUGCUGCACGCUGUGAUGAGAACCUGCAGCUGGUUCUGGAGGUCCACCUUCUGCCUGACGCUCCUCCUGCAGCCCGGAUCGGCUCAGCAUGAAGACGGGAGUUCGGUUCUGGAGCCCGGUUUCUGCCAGCCCAUCUCCAUCCCGCUCUGCACCGACCUCGCCUACAACCGGACCAUCAUGCCCAACCUACUGGGUCACAUCAACCAGGAGGACGCGGGCCUGGAGGUGCACCAGUUCUACCCUCUGGUCCAGGUCCAGUGUUCGGCGGAGCUGCGGUUCUUUCUGUGCACCAUGUACGCGCCGGUGUGCACGGUGUUGGACCGGGCCAUCCCGCCCUGCAGGUAUCUGUGCGAACAGGCCCGGAGCGGCUGCGAGGAGCUCAUGAACAAGUUCGGCUUCCAGUGGCCGGACCGGCUGCGCUGCCAGAACUUCCCGCUCCACGGAGCCGGAGAGAUCUGUGUGGGUCAGAACAGGAGCAAUUCUGAAGGUCCGGCCGAGCCGAACCCGACCGCCCGGCCUCCGGCUCCGUGGAGCGAGCAGCGGUUCUCCUGCCCGCCGCAGCUCCAGGUUCCGUCCCGCCUCAGGUACCGCUUCCUGGGUCAGGAUGACUGCGGCGCCCCCUGCGAGUCCGACAGACCCGGAGGACUGAUGCACUUCAGCCGGGAGGAAGUCCAGUUCAGCCGGGUCUGGGUCGGGUUCUGGUCCAUUUUGUGCUGCGUCAGCACGCUGUUCACCAUCCUGACGUAUUUCCUGGACAGAAGGAGGUUCGUGUACCCGGAGCGGCCCGUCAUCUUCCUGUCCGGCUGCUCCUUCAUGGUGGCGCUGGCCUACAGCGCCGCCUUCCUGCUGGAGGACAAGGCGGUGUGUGUGGCCCGGUUCAGGAAGGACGGGUACCGGCUGGUGGUCCAAGGGACGGAGAAGGACGUCUGCACUGUCCUGUUCGUCGUCCUUUACUACUUCAGCGUGUCCGGUUCCGUGUGGUGGGUCGUUCUGGGCUUCAGCUGGUUCCUGUCGGCCGGGAUGAAGUGGAGCCACGAGGCCAUCCAGGCCUGCGCUCACUACUUCCACCUGGCAGCCUGGGUGGUUCCGGCGCUGAAGACCGUCCUGGUGCUGGCGGUGGGCCGGGUGGAGGGCGACCUGCUCAGCGGCGUCUGCUCGGUGGGAGCGUCCAGCCUGGACGGCCUGCGGGGAUUCAUCCUGGCGCCGCUUUCCGUCUCCCUGCUCAUCGGUGGCUCCUUGCUGCUGGCCGGGUUCGUGUCGCUGCUUCGGGUCCGGUCCAUCAUGAAGCAUAACGGCACCGAGACGGAGAGGCUGGAGAGGCUGAUGGCGCGGAUCGGCGUCUUCGGCUCGGUGUACGCGGCCUCCAAAGCGGCCGCCAUCGCCUGCCUGCUGUAUGAACAGGCGCUCCGGCCGCAGUGGGACGCCGCCUGGCGGAUGCGGACCUGCCGACACUUCGCCACUCCAUGCCCGACCCGAAACACUCCGGCGGCCUCGCCGAACUUCACGGUCUUCAUGAUCAAGUACCUGACGAUCUUCACGGCGGGGAUCGGGUCCGGAUUCUGGGUCUGGAACCGGAAGACGCUUCGGACGUGGCGCCGCUUUUCCAACAGAGCGAACCUGAACGGAGAGCCGGGUCCGGAGCCGAACCGAAAAGAAUCUGCAGAACCCAAACGAACUGAUGGAGCAUCUGGGUUUGGUACUAAAGUGUUUUUGCUCCCAGUUGGGAGAUGA